GCCGGACACGUACCACGUCGGCCUAAUUAAGCAGUCCAAGAACGUAUAUACUCACCACUUCACCAGCACAUUUGAUUCUGCACAUGAAGAUCACCGUGCACUCAUCCAAGGCCGUCAAGCCGGCAUACGGCCCCGGCGAGUUCCCCACCACCACCGGCGACGUCGUCCCGCUCAAAGUGUUCGACAAGGCGAACUUUGACACGUACAUCUCGGUGAUAUACGCCUACCGCCCACCGGCUCCGGCCAACGCCGCCCUCGAGGCGGGGCUCGCCAAGGCGCUGAUCGAGUACCGCGAGUGGGCAGGGCGCCUCGGCGUGGACGGCGACGGCAACCGCGCCAUCCUGCUCAACGACGGGGGCGCGCGGUUCGUCGAGGCGACGGCCGACGUGACGCUGGACAGCGUGAUGCCGCUGAAGCCGACGGCGGAGGUGCUGAGCCUGCACCCGAGCGGGGCAGACUGACCGCGGGUGGGAGCAGUGAUGGCGUCAGUCCCAGGGUCAACAGCAGGUUUCAGCGUGGCAGGCUCACCUCAGUGCGUGGGGCUUGCACCAACAGCAAGCACAAUCAUGGACAAGACAGNCCGCGCACAACCAAACAACUUCUUGCCUGCGCGUGGGAGCCAGGCCACCCGCGGCGCCGCAUUCCACCUGUGCCCCGUGCACGACCGCGUCUCCUUCUUCGCGCCGCGCGACACUCCCAAGGUCGAGUUCGAGCACCGUGGCGUGGAGUUCAAGCCGUACGACGACGACGAGGAUGUCCAUGCGUCCGCCGCCGCCGGCGACGACGACGAGGUGGUGAUAAACAAGGUGCACUUGAGCCGGGAAUUCAUCUCGAAGCUCAAGUCGCAGGCGUCGGCUGGCGCGCACCGGCCGUACAGCACGCUGCAGUGCGUGGUGGCGCACCUGUGGCGAUGCAUGACGAAGGCACGCGGGCUCGACGGGCGCGAGUCCACCAGCGUGUGCAUCGCCGUCGACGGGCGCGCGCGGAUGAGCCCGCCGGUGCCGGACGGCUACACGGGCAAUGUCGUGCUCUGGGCGCGGCCAACCGCGACGGCCGGUGAGCUGGUGACCAGGCCGCUGAAGCACGCCGUGGAGCUCAUCAACCGGGAGGUGAUCCGGAUCAACGACGGCUACUUCAAGUCGUUCAUCGACUUCGCCAACUCCGGUGCGGUGGAGGAGGAGCGGCUGGUGGCGUCGGCCGACGCGGCGGAGAUGGUGCUGAGCCCGAACAUCGAGGUGGACAGCUGGCUGCGGAUCCCGUUCUACGACCUCGACUUCGGCGGCGGGCGGCCAUUCUUCUUCAUGCCCAGCUACCUGCCGGUGGAAGGUUUGCUCAUCCUGCUGCCGUCUUUCUUCGGCGACGGGAGCGUUGACGCGUACGUGCCACUCUUCAGCCGCGACAUGGACGUCUUCAAGAACUGCUGCUACUCAUUCGACAAAGACCAAACUACUAGCCUUGCAUGAACUAUAUUAUUGAAAAACAAGACAUGCAGUUAAUGCUAGAUCACUUGAUUGAGACUAGUUAGCUAAUUAGUAUUUGUUUGAUGUUGUUGAUUCAAUUAUUAUGAAUUGAAUUAAUUACGCGAGAUGUUCUGCCGAUGAAAGUUGAAUUGAAUAAAUAAAGUUAUCUGUAAAAAAAAA